AUGGACAUCUGUGACGAAGCUGCUAGGAAGCUCAUAGAGGGGCUGGGUGGGGAAAAGAUGGCGCGACAACUCGUUGGAGGAACUAUCUGGUGGCAGGUGCGCAGUACCAACGGCAUCAACGCUCAAUGGAUCGUAAAUAAUGGGGAAGAGGUUCAACAGCGCAAAGGAUUGAGUUUAUCUAGACGUCUCCAGCAAAAAGCGCCAGUCAGAGAUUCAGAAUAUGACUCUGAUUCGAACAAAUUACCGUGCUUACUGUUCUUUCACGGAGGAGGCUAUUUCUCUGGAAGUGUUGACCAAGUCAGGUUCGCAAUUGAAGUCAUGGCCCUGAUGCCUGCUAUCCGAAUCUUUGCUGUAUCAUACCGACUUGCCCCUCAAUACCCUUUCCCUUGUGCAAUUCAAGAUGCUCUGGCAUCAUAUUUGUACUUGAUCAAUCCACCGUUCGACGUGAAGCAUGCUGUUGAUCCGAAGCAACUUAUCAUUUCUGGGGAUUCUGCAGGAGGUGGCCUCGCUCUUGCGCUAUUCCAGAUUAUCCGAGACAAUAAUCUGCCUAAGCCCGCCGGAGGCAUCCUUAUUUCACCCUGGUGUGACCUUACACACUCAUUCCCUAGUACUAUUCAUACCAACACAAAGACAGACUUUAUUCCCAAGUAUGGCCUUUCAAUUUACAGGCCUUCUUUCUUGUGGCCACCUCCAUCUGACGAACAUGCAAGACGUGCUUCCUCUACCAGUCACGAGAAUCGGGAUUCUCGGCGCGAUCCUACGAGUCGUAGCUAUCUGGAUUCGUCGUCGUCACCAAGACGAGGUGAAGGUGAAGAGGCAACGGAUCGCAUGCCGUCGGCGCCUAUUCCAAGGACUGCCGAAAGAAUUGAUAAAACGUUGCGAGCGAAGACAGAGGACGGAGGAGUCUUGGAACUGAAAGAACAAAUGCACAUAUAUGCGCCGAAUAAUCUUCUCGUACAUCCGCUCGUGAGCCCGGCUUUGUCGUACCUCGGCGGGCUUCCUCCACUAUUCGUAUUCGCAGGCGACGGUGAAGUUCUGCGAGACGAAAUCAUUUACACCGCUCACAAAGCUGCCUACCCCAAACAUUAUCCGGUACAUCCAGGAGCAAAAAAGAUGUAUCCUAAGCUUGAAGGUAUUGAGAAUCGUUAUGAACCGACCUGUAUUCAUCUUCAGGUGUAUGACAAUGCACCUCAUGUUUUUCCUAUCUUAUGCUUCUCCUGCGAUGCCAGUCAAGCUUGUUUUAGAUCUAUACGGACGUUCAUUAAGAAAGUGAUUGUUCCAAUAGAAAAGGGAAGUACUUCAGACAAUCAGUCCUCACGCAGAGAGCAAGGAAUCGAACAGACUGGUUCUGUUUCGAACAAUGCGACUGGAGGCAACGAGCUCUCUGCCCAAACAACUAAAGCAAAUACAUACGAAAGUAGCGCCUCCUCAUGUGGAGAACCUGACCAGCGUGCGUUACUUGCAUGUAGCGGCAGGCUGUACAAUCGGCCUGUAGAGGGAGAGACUUCUCCAUUCAUGCAAGACACUAUGAUAAGGGUUAGAGUGUCUGCAAGGGGAGAGGUCAGACACCUUGAACAACAAAGCGAGCUGAAUGCAUGCACCAUGCCCCCUGAGGAUAUUGGAGUAGCAAAUGAACGUGUGCUACGCCGGUAUACAGAAGGAAACGUGAAAUGGAGGAACCGAUUUUCCAAAACAGACAAGAGAAUUCACAAGAGACGUGAGGAGAAAUUAGAAUAUGCAAAGAUUCUUCCUUCAGGCAAACGCCGGGUCAAAUCCAGGAGGAAGAAUGCUGACAGUGCAUCUGAUACAGCAAGUACUUCUCAUCUAGAGCAUAUCUCACAAUCGUCAAACAUGAACUGGGCCUGGGCUGUCAAGGAUGAUGAGCAUCCGCCUCCGAGUAGCAUCGUUGCGCGGCUUGAUACGAAGGAGGCAUGUCGGAUUGCCAGGAUAGUGGAUAAACCAGGUAUGGGUCCAUACAGAACCAAACUUUGGCCGAGAGCCGUUUGUGAAGCCAAGCGUAACAAAGAAAGGUCAGAAAGCGAUAAGCACCAGGCCGAAUCCGACGAUAGGCAAAGGCGUUCGUCGCAUGUUUCUGAGAACGAACCAGCACAGCUUGUGUCGUAUGGCCCAUUGAUAUUAGAUAGGGCGAUGAGAAUGUUCAGGUUUUCAUCAUCUCGAUUCUCGAAGCAAAGAAAUCCUAACCAAUCAUCUGUGACUCAUUGA